AUGUCUCAAACGUUACCUUCCUCCGACAUGCUGGAAACACCACCUGGGUAUCCAUUUGAAGAAAUCAUUUAUGAGGACAUUGAAGUGGAAGAGGUGGUGGGUAGAGGAGCUUUUGGGGUUGUCUGCAAAGCCAAAUGGAAAGGCAAAGAUGUUGCAAUCAAGACCAUCGAGAGCGAAUCGGAGAGGAAGGCCUUUAUUGUUGAGCUCAGACAGCUCUCCCGUGUAAACCACCCGAACAUUGUGAAGCUGUAUGGCUCCUGUAAAAGUCCUGUCUGCCUAGUGAUGGAAUAUGCAGAAGGUGGAUCGUUGUACAACGGAUCAAGAGAUACUGACCGCUGA